UAGAGAGUUGAUCAGAUUCAAACUUGACGGCGGGCAGUUGAAGCCUUACAGUUAGCACAACAGAAGCAACACAAAGUUCUUUAAGGGACAUUACUUAUAUCAGUUUGGAAAAUGACCAGCACGUUGAAGGGAAUUACCCUUAAAGGAAGUGCGGAGCUAGUGGCCGAGUUCUUCUCGUUCGGCAUCAACAGCAUCCUGUACCAGCGGGGCAUCUACCCUCCGGAGACCUUCUCCAGAGUCACUCACUACAACAUGAGUCUGCAGCUCUCCACUGACCCCAAGCUGAAGAACUACCUGACCAACGUGGUGUCUCAGCUCAAAGAAUGGUUGUUUGAGUGCACUGUUCAGAAGCUGGUGUUGGUUAUCACGUGUCUGGAGACCAAUGAGGUUCUGGAGAGAUGGCAGUUCGACAUCGAGUGUGACAAGUCGGCCAAGGAGAGCAGUGCUCCCCGAGAGAAAUCCAUCAAGACCAUUCAGGAUGAGAUCCGCUCCGUCAUCAGACAGAUAACAGCCACAGUGACCUUCCUGCCACUGCUUGAGACGCCAUGUGCCUUUGACCUCCUUGUCUACACAGACAAAGACCUGGUGGUUCCAGACAAGUGGGAGGAGUCCGGCCCACAGAUUAUUGACCAGUCAGAGGAGGUGCGUCUCCGCUCUUUUACCACCUCCAUCCACAAGGUGAACAGCAUGGUGGCGUACAAGAAGACUGACUCCGUCUGAAUCACAGGAGCUGUACAAACCAUCAAGCCUUUUUCUGU